GAAGCAAAAACAUCAAUUUUGCAAAACACACAGAAAAAACCGGAAAAUUUUCACAUAAUUUUUUACUUUCUCGUUUCAAUUGUUUUUAAAAAAUACAAAAAGCCAGUAAAAUUAAUACAAAAUUACUAAAUAAGUGAAUUAAAAACAUAAAUAAGAUGUCACUUUUUCGCAAACCGAAAAAAAUACAAAGACGGGUAUUUUCCAGCACACUGGACGAUGAUGAGGACGCCAAUAAUGUUACAAAAGAUGCCCGAAAAUCAAAUGAUAACGAUAUGGAAGUAGAUGAUCAUGCGGAACUUAUUGCACCACCUCCGCCACAAAUUUCAGCCAAAUCAGAGAAAAAGAAAAGUAAGGAUGGUAAAUCAAAAUCAUCGUCUAGUAAAAAAGAUGCCACCACUGGGGGAGGUGGUGAUGUGAGUAAAACGAAGGCUCUGCUAAGUUUUGCAGAUGAAGAGGAAGAUGCCGAAGUCUUUCAAGUUCGCAAAUCUUCACACAGUAAAAAAGUUAUGCGUAUGUUGGACAAGGAACGUAGACGCAAAAAGAAGGAAGAACGUAAUUCUGAUAACAUUUCAAACAGCAACGUUAGCAACAGCACUACCGCAACCACCACCAGUAGUAGUAACACUGUCAGCUCUCAUCAUAAUAACCUUUCAAAUAGGGAACGUGAAAAUGGUUCACGUAAUAAUAAUUCUCAUAGUUUAGGUUCAUCUUCGACAUCAACAACUAGUUCUACGGAACAUAGUAAAAGUAAUAAAAGUGAUAAAAUCCAAACAGAAAUACGCACAGACGACUUUGUGCUGGUGGUGAAGAAAUCUCAACCGGACAUAAUAUUAAAUGGUCGAGCCGCUUUGUGUGCCGGCCGCGAUGACAUGUCUGACGAAGAUGAAGAACAAAGUGAUAAUGAACGUAAUGGCAGCAAACAUAGAUUUAACAAACCAGAUCAUUUAAAACAAAUGUUGGAAAGUGGCUCUAUACCCGAUGCUGCUAUGAUACAUGCUGCACGUAAGAGAAGACAAAAGGCUCGGGAACAAGGUGAUUUCAUAACCAUAGAGGAACCUAAGGUAGAAACUAAAAAGGGCAGUCGCUUAGCCAGAGAAGAUAUAGAGGGCGAUAAUUCAGAUGAUGAGGAACGAGUAGAUAUGAAUGCUAUAACCGGCAUAAAGGAACGUGAAGAAAGACGUGAAAAAUUCUAUGCUGUUGAAAAAGAUUAUUCUGAUGAAGAUUCAGAUUGUGAAACCCACGAAUGGGAAAAUCAACAGAUACGUAAAGGUGUAACAGGUGCUCAAUUGGUUAAUGCUCAACAUGAAUCGGUUCUAUCACGUUUCAUGAUUAAAUCAAAUAUGGAAAAUGCUUUAGAAGCUCCACCACAACCAGAGUCUACAUCCUCAUUACUGGAGCAGGCCUAUGCUAAAUGUACAUUGGAAAAGCCUCAACAAGUCUUAAGUGCCAAUAAACCGAAGAAGGAUAAAACAAAAGCAACCGCUUUAAGAUCCCCACAAGAAAUACGAGAUGCUAUAGGAGAACGUUUGAACAAGUUAAAGGAACUUAACAGCAAUCAUUUGGAAGAUAUCGAAAGAAUAGGUAGAGAAAUGCAAGCCAUGAAAUUAGAGGAAAUGGAUUGUAAGCAGAAAGCUCCUACAGCAGCUGCAAAAUAUAGAUUUUACCAGGAAAUUAAGUGCUAUGUUACGGAUUUAAUAGAUUGUCUCAAUGAAAAGACACCAAUAAUAACGGAUUUAGAAAAACGUUGCCUACAAUUCUUUGGCAAACAUCAGAUGUUCUUAACCGAUCGCCGAAGACAGGAUGUACGUGAUCAAGCUAAAGAAAUGGCUGAGGCAGCUAAACCUUCUGCCACACGCCGUGGUGCUGAAUAUGAUGAACAGGUUCGCCGUGCUGCCGAACGUGAGGGCAGACGUACUAGACGUCGCUGUGAACGCGAAAAACAGGAUAUGUUAAGCUCACAUUUAGAUGGCAUGUCUUCGGAUGAGGAAACAUCUGAUCGUUAUCAAGAAUUAUUUCAAAAUGAAUUGGAGGAACUUAUUAAAGAGGGCUUAGAAGUAAUGGACGACGUUACCGAUGAAUUUUGUAAAAUUGAAAUAAUUUUAACAAAAUUCUAUGCUUGGCGUAAAACUGAUAUGCCUUCAUAUAAAGAUGCUUUUGUUAGUUUAUGUUUGCCUAAGAUACUUGGUCCUCUGAUAAGACUAGAAAUGUUGACCUGGUCUCCAUUGAUGGCAGAUUUUAAAGAUAUUGAAAAACUCAAUUGGUAUUCAGCUGCCAUGUUGUAUGCCUGGAGUGAAGACGAAACAGAGGAGGUACUUAAGCAAGAUCCUGAUGUUAAUUUGGUGCCCACAUUGUUAGAGAAAAUAAUACUACCCAAAUUAAUAGAUAUCGUAACACAUUGUUGGGAUCCUUUAUCUACUACACAAACAUUACGUUUAAUUGGUUUCAUAAAUCGUUUGGGUAGAGAUUUUCCUUUAAAAGAAGAUGGCAAAACACUGCAGCAGUUGUUUAAUGCAAUUUUGGAGAAAAUGAAAUUGGCUUUAGAAAAUGAUGUUUUUAUACCCAUAUUUCCCAAACAGGUGCAAGAAAACAAGACUUCAUUCUUUCAGCGUCAAUUUUGCAGUGGUUUAAAACUGUUUCGUAAUUUCUUGUCAUGGCAGGGCAUUAUAGCCGAUAAACCUUUAAGGGAAAUGGCUAUAGGAUCUCUACUUAAUCGUUAUUUAUUAUUAGCUAUGAGGGUUUGCACACCCAAUGAUGCUAUAAGCAAAGCUUAUAUUAUUGUUAAUACUUUACCGACCGCCUGGCUACAGCCAGAUUCUGAAUGUUUAAAAAAUCUACAAUUACUUAUCACCUACAUUAAACAGACUUUAGAAUCAUGUGAUGCUAAUAAUCCCUUAUUCAUGCAAACCAGUGAUAAAGCCAAACAAAUCUUACAAAGACUUCAUAGUAAUAAUUAAUUUAUCCAAUGAUUUACUAAAUUAUGAAAUGCAUUUUUCCAUCAUUAAAUGAAAAACAUAACUUUAACGAAAAAAAA